ACUAGUAGCAUCACGUUUCCUUUGUGCCACCGCCAAUUCCCUGUUUCUCGUAUCGCCGCCGAACACAACCACCGGACUCGACGGUGAGCUUUAACCGAAUGGCCCAAACGUCAAUGCAUUAAUUAGUAACCACUAACCAGUAACAUCAACGACAUUCUAAAACUACCUCCAUACAAUGAUUCGUUGGGGUUUAACCUUACGUAAAAAUAACCCCAUCAAUAAAAUCGAGCACCAUUAUGAUAAAAUCAUCCAAUCCUGCAACACUCUACAAAUCCUCACACAAAUACAUUCCAUUCUCACCACCACCGGCAUCAUAAAACAAAGUGUUCACUUAACUGCACGUAUCAUCAUCAAAUAUUCAAACUUUCUGCACCUUCAAACUGCAAGACAUGUGUUUGAUUCCACUGAUCAUGACACAAGUUCUUUCUUGUGGAACACCAUGCUCCGUGCCUAUGCAAACAGUGGGUUCUCUUCAGAUGCAUUGGAGUUCUACUCGCUUAUGCGAAAAGCGGACUUUACGCCGAAUAACUACACAUUUCCCUUUGUUCUCAAGUCGUGUGCGGCUAGUUUGUUGAUUACACAUGGGAAAUUGGUUCAUUCUGAGGUGUUAAGGACUGGGUUUGGUUCAGAUGUUUAUGUUGAAGCCGCGUUGGUUGAUAUGUACGCGGGUUGUGGGAUUAUUGAUGACGCGCGCAAGGUGUUUGAUAAAAUGUCUAAGAGAGAUGUUGUGUGUUGGACUGCGAUGAUCACGGCUUAUGAACAAGCUGAGAGGGCGGAGACGGCUUUGUGUUUGCUUGAUCAAAUGCAGCAAGAGGGUUUUGUAAUGGAUUGGGUUGCUACUGUUACAGUUGCGUCUGCUGUUGGUCAGUUGGGAGAUGCGAAAAGAGGUCGGGCUGUUCAUGGGUAUGCUGUUCGUAACGGGCUGUUAUAUGAAGUGCCUGUUGUUAAUUCGGUUCUUGCAAUGUAUGCUAAAUGUGGGGAGGUUGAAUUUGCGGAUAUGAUCUUUGAACGCGCAGAAGAAAGAAAUGUUAUUACUUGGAAUUCUAUGCUUACUUGCUACGUCCAAAAUGGGCUGGCGAGUGAAGCUCUUGAUCUUUUCGAACGAAUGAAAACGUCAGACGUUAAUCUUAAUCAAGUAACAGUGUUAAUCGUUGUUUCUGCGUGUUCUUAUCUGGGUUCCCGACAGCAAGCAGCCAAAAUCCAUGAUUUUAUAGUGCAAAACAAAAUAGAUAUUAACCAAACAUUACGGAAUGCGAUAAUGGACAUGUAUGCGAAAUGUGCAGAUUUAGAUACCGCGUUAAAAAUGUUCAAAGAAAUACCCGUGAACCAACUUGAUGUUAGCGCCUGGAACACUUUGAUCGCGGGUUAUGGAAUGCACGGGUAUGGAAAACACGCACUUAACGUUUUCAACCAAAUGAAAGACGAAAACUUUCAGCCAAACCACAUUACAUUCACCUCCGUUCUUUCCGCUUGUAGCCACUCGGGACUCGUUAACGAAGGAAAGAAAUGUUUUGCGGAAAUGGAAAUCUUCUCGGUGGCAAAAGAGCCGAAACAUUACGCGUGUAUGGUUGAUAUGUACGGUCGAGCAGGGUUAUUAAACGAAGCUUAUGAGCUUAUAAAAGAUAUGAAAUCACACGCGAACGAUGAAGUUUGGGGAGCUUUGCUUUUGGCUUGUAAAAUUCACGGAAAUACCAAUUUAGCGGAAGUUGCGGCUGAUAAUCUUUUCCACCUUGAACCACAACACACGGGAUAUUAUGUCUUGAUGUCGAAUAUCUACGCGGAUUCAAGAAAUUGGCAAGAAGUUGGAAAUUUGCGACGGGAUAUGAAAAAUAAAGGAUUAAGAAAGCCUGCGGCAGUUAGUUUGAUCGAAGUUAAUAACGAGUUAUAUGGUUUUCGCACUGGGGAACAUAUGGAUUCGUUCACGAGAAACGUUUAUCAAAAAGUGGAGCGAGUGGUUGUUGAGUUGAAGAUGGAAGGUUAUGUUCCUGAUUUGUCUUGUGUGUUUCAUGAUGUUGAAGAUGAAGAUAAGCAUGGUAUGCUUAACUAUCAUGGUGAAAAGCUUGCUUUGGCGUUUGGGCUGAUGAAUGUUGAUGCGGGUUUGCCUAUCUUUAUAAAUAAGAACCUUCGAGUUUGCAGUGAUUGUCAUUCGGUAUUUAAAUUGGUUUCUCGAGUGUAUGGAAGGAAAAUCGUAGUGAGAGAUGUCAAUCGGUUCCAUCACUUUGAAGAUGGUUUGUGUUCGUGCAAUGAUUACUGGUAAGCUUUGGUUACAAAGCGCGCCAAGAUGCAAGGCGUAAGCCCUAGCGCUUCUGACUGCUUGAGGCGACGACGAUACACGAGGCGCACCUCUUGUACGUGGGAAGAGUGUGUACAUCAAUAUGUACAUAGAGGUUAUUUAUAUACUAAAAGAUAUAUAGAUACCUUGCGCCUCACAUGCGUGAUGCAACGCGACUCACGCUUUGCGCCUCAACCCUAUCACCUUGGUAUGCCUAUCGCUUUUUAAAACCAAGGUGGUAAGUAAUUUUUCAUAUAUUCAACAUUCUUUGUAUUUCUUAAUAUUCUUUGGAAAUCGACACACCAAAACCAACAGUGAACAUG